AUGCCGCCUAAUCUCCUUAACGCCGUGGCCGAAUCAUGUCUUUUUGAACUAAGUGCAAUGGUCUUCCCAAGCCCUGGCUGCCAAACCUGCCGAAAACGCAGAGUCAAGUGUGACUGUAUGAGACCUCUGUGUCGAAGAUGUAGGAUCGGCAAUAGGAGAUGCACUUGGGACUCGGACGAGCAGACAGGUUUGCAUUUUAGAAGUGAAAACGUAUUUGCUAUGGGCCGUCAGCGACGUCCAUCCAAAUCAAGUAGUAACCCAGCUGCAGUGCGUACUGGCUCAGGCUCAGGUUCAAGUUUCUCACCAGCAGAAACCGACAGGAAAAUUCAGCCAGCGCUGUCGCUGCCACUGGAGAUGCACGCACUCUAUUAUUACGCAGAUAGCGUUUCUAUGGAAAGACACAUACUAGGGGAUGCUUGCUAUGAUUACAGUUCACACGUGCUACAUCACUGGGAGUUAGCAGCGCCGACCUCCUGUCUUCGUCUUGCGCUGACGGCUUAUUCGCAUGCCGUAAUCGGGCGAAAUAGAGGCGUGAGACAAGCCUUUAGCGUUGCCGAAAGAGUAUAUGCAAAGGCUGUGGAGGAGAUCCGGAUGACCAUGAUGAGGUUAUCAGGUGAUAUAAUUUAUCAAGUGAUGCUGGCCAUGAUGCUGAUGGGCAGCUAUGAGAAUGUCAUGUAUUUCUCGAGAGAAUCUACAAAGUCGUUACCUCGUGACGCUGUCGGCUCCCGUUUCUGGAACAACAUCUGCCAUGAAAAAGGCGCAGCCAGCCUUCUCAGUGUACGUCGCGAGAGAGGCUUUGCAGCAAGUACAGAGCUGGAUAGGGCGAUUCGACAGAAAUGCCUUCGUAUCGUCAUCCUUCGAGGAGCAGCUUUGCCAACCUGGCUAGAAGAUGGCUGCAGCUGGGGCGAAGAGGGACCUGAGUUGGAACUGGACUCGCUCAUGGUCCGUGCCUUGAUCUUGAGGAAUAAGUCAAUGCCUUCCCUGAGAGAUAUGGAUGCAACAGAACCAGAAGUCAUUGAUAGAGUUAAGUCAAUUGCUAUGGAAUCAUAUACUCUGGAUUAUGAUCUCGCUUUGUGGGCUCUAGGACUUCCACAAAACUGGAAUUUCCACGUCAGCUGGACACACUUACAGCCGAGCUCGAGCGUGACUGAUGCUUGUGUGGAUAUCCCCUCGCAUAGUUACCCAUCCGUUGGCCAUGCGUCAAUAUGGAAUCGAUACCGCGCUCUUCGGUUGAUCGCAAAUAGCAUUCAGAAACGGGCUCUCUGCGCACUCCAGUUCCUUUUUGACGACGCUUUUCUCGAUAUGGAUACGCAGAGGUGCCAGAAUAACAUUAACAAUCUUGCUGUGGACCUUUGCUGUGGUGCAGAGUUUUCGGUCACUCGCCAAAACACUCCUAGAGGUGCUAAGGCUGCCAUGUUACUUGAUAUGCCUCACCCAAGCGUAGCUGCAUUGCUAGCAUGGCCCUUAACUGUAGCCGUGAGCGUUGAUGCUGUUCAGCCUCUAGAGAAGACACGGCUGAAGGGCGUCUUGAAGGCCGUUGCUCGCUCGUUGGGACACACGCAGCUUGAAUCCGUCAGUGAUAAAGGGGAGUACAAUAUCUGACCUUUACUCUAAGUAAUGGAGAUGGCGGAAGUAUCGGGUUUAAGCUGAAGAUGUGUGCCGUUAUCUUAACUCUGUGUGCUCGUAAGUAUCCAUGUAGGAAAUAAACAGGUU